UUAGUUUUAGUUCUUUCAUCUGUCAAACGUCUCCCUGUUCAGUGUUCAAUCAACAUCUGUUCAGUGUGUGGUCGUUAUCUUCUCGCGUUUUAUAAUUUUAGGUUAUUAUAUUUUUUAUAUUAGUUUUUUUAAAGUUUUCUAAACUGUUAAUUGUUAAAUUAUUGUUGUUACAUCUUCUUGGUUCCUGACGCAGUCUUUUUAAUUUUGUAUCCAUUAUGAAGAAACCAGUGAAACGCAAACAAACUAAAGAUGAUACUGAACAAAGUAAGAAGCGAAAAUCAAUUCAGCCAUUAUCACAGCCUUCUAGACCUACCACUGCUGGCACAGUUUUAGUUUGUGGACAAGGCGACGUGGGGCAACUCGGUUUAGGUCCUGAUAUUAUGGAAAGAGAAAGGCCAUUCCCAGUCAACACUUUAGAAAAUAUAGUGUCUAUCGCAGCUGGUGGCAUGCACAGUGUGGUUUUGAAUGAUAAAGGAGAAGUUUAUACCUUUGGAUGCAACGACGAAGGAGCUUUAGGUCGUGUUACAGAAGCUGAUGGGCCCCCUGAAAAGUCGGAAAGCCUGCCAGCCAUUGUUAAGUUACCAUCCCCAGCAGUUAUGAUAUCGGCCGGCGAUAGUCACUCAUGUGCAUUAUUAGAGGAUGGGCUUGUAUAUGUAUGGGGCACAUUUAGGGAUUCACAUGGUACCUUGGGCUUAACAGAAGAUAGUUUGAAAUCCAGCGAGCCAAUUAUGGUUAACCAUCCUAAUCCUUUUGUAAAAGUCUCUUCAGGAGCAGAUCACUUGGUUCUCUUAGAUAACAUGGGAUGCGUUUUUACCUGUGGUUGUGCAGAACAAGGACAACUUGGAAGAAUUAAUUCUAGAUCCUGCGAUAGAUAUUAUGCACGCAAUGGAUCCUCCAUGUUCUUGCUUCCUAAAAAGGUAGAAUACAAGUUAUCACUUAAAAUGAACAUUGGCCAAGUUUGGGCUGGGACUUACAGUUCAUUCACGAAGCCUAAUGACGGGUCUGAUAUCUUUGUUUUUGGAUUAAAUAAUUAUUGCCAGUUAGGAUUACCAACAAAAACUAUGAUUUCAUACUUUCCCAAGAAAUCUAAUGCAUUAUCGAAAAAUAUAACUUGGAGUAAAAUUUCUGCUGGACCUCACCAUACUUUAGGUAUUGAUAGUGAAGGCAAGUGUUAUGCGCUAGGGCGCCAUGAAUAUGGUAGGUUGGGUGUUGGAGAUGUGAAGGAAGAUGCUAAAGAUAUAAUAGAAAUUCCACUUUUGAAAGAUAUUAAGUGCAUUGAUGUAUCAUGUGGCUUGACGAGUUCUUUUGCAGUCACAGAAAAUGGAGAUGUUUAUGCUUGGGGAAUGGGUGGAAAUGGUGAACUUGGUACUGGAUCCGAAGAAGAUGCUUUAACACCAGUUAAACUAACCGGAAAGCAUAUAAAUGGCAAAAAGGUCCUAGCAGUUAGUGGCGGUGGGCAGCACACAAUUUUUCUUGCUAAAUAAUAUAAGUAUUUAAUUUAAUAAACUGUUGCAUUUUAAAUAUAGCAAAUUU